AUGGUCUACUUGUUCAUCGCUAGACUUUUCCUUGGCUACAUUGCUACUCUGGGCUUUAGGAUGGCAAGCAUCCGCAUCUCAGCCGCCAUCCGUCUCUCGUAUCUCCAAGCACUUGUCAAACAGCCAAUCUCAGUCCUUGACACGCUUCCUCCAGGACAGACAGCGGCAAUCAUUACCAUCACUGCAAACAUCCUACAACUUGGCAUCUCAGAAAAAUUAUCCAUGUUCCUUCAGUCUGGAUCACUUGUGAUCACUGCUCUAGCUGUAGCAUUUUACUACAAUUGGCUCCUCACUAUCUUCACGAGUACCGGGCUUCUUUUCAUCGUCGUAUUUUAUUGCUUCACGAUUCCACACCUGGUCAAAGGCCUGAAAGAAGUGGAAGAGGCAGAUAAGAUGAGUGCGUCUUUUUCGAGUGAGGUGUUUGAAAUGAUCAGGAUGGUGGCCGCCUGUGGAGCGGAAUCGAAAAUGGCAAAGAGGUAUUCGGACUUCGUAGAUGAAUCCCGGAGGAGAGGGCUCUUACUUUCACCGGUCGUGGCGAUUCAACAGGCACCUGCUUUCUUUGCUAUUCAUGCUACUUUUGCUUUAUCCUUUUGGUACGCUAUCAGGCUCUACCUAGAUUCAGCAAUAACGAAUGUAACAACAAUAAUCAUAAUACUCACCUCCAUCAUGACAAUCGUCACCUUCAUCGGAGGUAUAUCCGGUCCCCUAACAGCAGCAGCCCAUGCAGCCGGAGCAGCUGGCAUUCUCUUCACCAUCAUCGAUGCCCCGCAACCUCAAACAAGAGGUAUCCAAGGCUCAGAUGUCUCGUCUGAAGAUAUCGUUCUCGAGAACAUCAACUUCUCCUAUCCCAUGAGACCUCAUGUGCCAGUGCUCGACGAUCUCAACCUUCGAUUUCCAGCUGGGAAGAUAACGGCUAUUGUUGGAGCGUCGGGCUCAGGGAAAAGUACAAUUGUGGGAUUGCUUGAAAGGUGGUAUGAACUUGACGGGCAUAUGUCGCCUGAAGCUAUUACGAUGUUCCAUAACCUAGGCUUACUUUCCGUGGGUGGUCAAAACAUCCGUGAGAUAGAUCUCACGUGGUGGAGGUCUCAGAUUGGACUUGUUCAACAGGAGCCAUUCCUCUUCAACACCACAAUAGCUGAGAACGUGGAGUAUGGAUUGAUUGGAACUGAGUGGGAAUAUACAAACAAACAUCAAAAGAGGAAGUUAGUUGAGCAAGCAUGCAAGGAAGCUUUUGCCGACGAGUUUAUUUCUCGACUACCCGAGGGCUACAACACCGUAGUUGGUGAUGCAGGAAUCAAAUUGAGUGGUGGUCAACGUCAAAGACUAGCCAUCGCCCGAAGUAUUGUAAAACAGCCACAAAUCCUGAUACUGGAUGAAGCAACCAGCGCAGUGGAUAUCCACAGCGAGCGAAUCAUCCAAUUGGCUCUAGACAGGAUAUCCAAGAAUCGGACUACGAUCACAAUUGCUCAUAAGCUCUCGACUAUCAUGAAAGCUGAUAACAUAGUUGUUUUACAGAAAGGAAAGGUCGUGCAACAAGGUACUCAUGAUCAGCUGAUGGCUGAUAGAGAUGGCCAUUAUUUUGGUCUUGCAAAUGCUCAGCAGUUGUCUUUGAGCGAAGACUUUAUGGGAGUCUUGGAUCCAGAAAAGAAGGAUACCACAGUAAUGGCGUCCGAAUCUCUGGGCGAGGACUUCGAAAUAGCUCCGUGCUCUGAAUCAAAAGAACCAAAACCUUUCCUUGGAAAUUUUGCACUCUUCGUCUGGGAGCAGAAUUACCAAUGGAGAUGGUAUGCAGUGAUGCUGUUUGGUGCUCUGGGUGCCGGAGUUUCAUUCCCCGCACAUGCCUUCCUCUUCGCGAAACUUAUAUCCCUGUUUAACCUCUGGGGAGAACUUCUCAGACUUCAGACGAGUUUCUGGUGUCUAAUGCUGUUUUUAUUAGCGAUUGGAGUUGCCGUCAGCUAUUUCGUUCUGGGAUGGUCAUCCAACGUCGUCUCCUUCCAAAUAGCUGCAACGUAUCGUAAGGAAUACUUUCAAAACGUUCUCACCAAACCAGUUUCCUACCACGACCACGAGGAUAACUCAGUUGGCGCCCUAACCUCCCGCAUGGCCAGCGAUCCCAUCCAACUCCAACAACUCCUCGGCAUCAACAUGGCCAUCGUCCUCAUUUCACUCUUCAACAUAGCUGGUUCCAUCGCCCUUGCGCUAUACUUUGGCUGGGAACUCGCAAUCCUCUCAAUCUGCACUUCGAUGCCCAUAAUCCUAUUCUCAGGGUAUCUACGUCUGCGCUACGAAGUGAUGUUCGAGAGGUUGAACUAUGCGGUUUUCGCUGAUAGUAGCAAGUUCGCUACGGAAGCGAUUGGCGCGUUCAGGACGGUCUCGAGUCUUACCCUAGAGAGUGAGAUUUGCAGGAGGUAUGAGACGUUGUUGAGGAAUCAUACGAAUGUGGCGUUUAAGAAAGCGAGGUGGUCGACGCUUGUUUUUGCGUUGAGUGAUAGUAGUGCGUUGCUUUGCAUGGCGUUUAUUCUAUGGUAUGGUGGCCAACUCCUUGCGAGUCAUGAAUAUACGCCUUUCAGCUACAUGGUCGUCUACCUUGCGAUUGUGCAAGGCAGUAGCAGUGCGGGACAGUCACUGAGCUUCGGUCCGAAUGUAGCAUCCGCUUUCGCAGCUGCCAAUCGAAUCAGAAGCAUGCGACCGUCUUCACAUAUUGAUGAUGCCAUGCCUACAGAAGAUUUUUCUCUAGAAGACGAGAAGACUCGAUCCGUUAAAGUUGAGCUCAGAAAUGUCUCCUUCAGAUACCCAACAAGAGAUGUUCCUGUUUUGACUGAUCUGAGUAUGAUGAUCGAAGCAGGUCAAUUCGCAGCAAUCGUAGGCCCAUCCGGCUGCGGGAAAACAAGCAUAAUUUCCCUCCUAGAACGUUUCUACGCCCCACAAUCCGGUCAAAUUCACAUCAACAACCGCAACAUCUCCCAGCUCCACAUCUCUACUUACCGCUCCGCUAUCUCCCUCGUAGCACAAGAAGCAUCUCUGUUCUCCGGCUCCAUACGCGAAAACAUCUUACUCGGCAUCCCAUCCUCAGAACCAUCGUCCUGUCUUUCCUGUGUAAAUAAAGAGGAGAGGGGCCUUCAGAUGAAAUUACAGCGAGCUUGUAUCGAUGCUGGGAUUCAUGAGUUUAUUACCUCGUUGCCGGAAGGAUAUGAUACAGCGGUUGGUCCGAAAGGAAUCGCUUUAUCUGGGGGACAAAAACAACGCCUCUCCAUAGCCCGUGCGCUCAUCCGCUCUCCCUCCCUCUUACUCCUCGACGAAGCAACAUCGAACCUCGACUCUGAAACGGAGCGGGACAUAAUGUCCGUCUUUGAGGGCAGCUUAAAAGGUAUAACGAGGAUCGUGGUCGCACAUAGAUUAGCGACAGUUCAGAAUGCAGACGUGAUCUUUGUUAUGGGCGAAGGGAGAGUGGUUGAGAGGGGCAAUCAUCAGGAGUUGUUGAGGAUGAAAGGCAUUUAUUGGCAGAUGUGUCAGGGUCAGGCUUUUGAUAGGUGA